AUGACCAAGACCACGCCCCAAAUCCUGGACAUUGGCGGGGGCGAGCUACGCGCAUACAACAAAGCCCUGCUCGAGAAAAAGCUUUUCUGGACGCAAGACGAAGAGCAACCUUCCAAUGGCGAUGUUGAUGUCCAUGUCCAACCCCGCAAAAGAGUCCUCCCCACGUCAAUCAUCUACGGCGACAAGGGUCUCGAGCUUUGGGCGCGCAUCACGCACUUGCCGAGCUACUACCAGACCAGAGGCGAAGCAGCCUUGCUCGCCGAGAAUGCUGCGGAGCUGGGGAGGUGGAUCCGCAGGGAUAGUCUGUUGAUUGAUCUCGGCUGUGGAGAUAUCCGUAAACUCACCCCGCUGCUGGAAGAGCUAAACCGGUCCCAGAAGCCAGUCCUGUACUGCCCGCUCGAUCUAUCGCGGAGAUCGAUUCAACGGGCCAUCGAACAGACCGAGCUCUUCUCUCGUUUCCCAUGCAUCAGCGUCACCGGGCUAUGGGGUUCAUUUGAAGACGGCGUCGACUGGGCGAACCGUACCUCCGGCGACGACGAUCGGCCUCGCGUGUUCCUCUCGCUAGGCUCGAUGCUGGGGAACGAUUAUUUCGAGCCCGCAGUGGCGCGACUCAAAUGGCUGUGCGAGACGGGGUUGCGCAGUGAAUCUGAUCUUAUCCUGCUGACGAUGGACGGGACGAAAGACGGCGAGAAGAUCUGCGAAUCGUACGACGAUGCAGAGGGUCUGUUCACGGCGUUCAUCCGGCAGGGGUUCGAAGACUCGAACCAUCUCUUCGGUGCUGACGCUGACAGCUGGUAUCGGCACGAGGACUGGAGUCUUCUGCGCACGCUUACAACAGCCCCAGCGACGCAGCACCGAUUCGUCUUGCAGGCGAAGCGCAACGUCCAGUGUCCGCCGGUACGGGAUGUGACGUUCCGCCAGGGGGAUGAGAUCCACUGCUACGAGGGGUUCAAGUAUGGGCCUGAAGAGAUGGGUAGGCAGUUUGAGGCGGCGGGGCUCAGGGUGUAUGCGUGUUGGAAAGGCCCACAUGAUGAUAUCUGGAAUGCGGCGUUUUGUUCGGUAGAACCGAUGCCCAACGGUGCAGUCUAG